CACACCCCUUGGGGGCUUGGGCAGCGCGCGCGCAAAACCGAGUUCGCCGCCCACCUCGCCGCCAUGGCCAUGGAGCUCGCCGCGCUCUGCACCGACCCCGUCGUGCUCUCCGCCGCCUUCCUCUGCCUCCUCCUCCACCUCUCCCUCCGCUCCUACCGCCCGCCCUCCCCCGGCGGCGGCCGCCGCCUCCCCCCGGGACCCCCGGGCCUCCCCGUCCUCGGCGCGCUGCCACUCGUCGGCCCGGCCCCGCACGCCGGCCUGGCGUCGCUGGCGCGCAAGUACGGGCCCGUCAUGUACCUCAAGAUGGGCACCUGCGGCGUGGUGGUGGCGUCGUCGCCGUGCGCGGCGAGGUCGUUCCUGAAGGCGCUCGACGCCCGGUUCGCGAACCGGCCGGCGGUGGCGAGCGCCGUGGACAUCACGUACAACUACCAGAACAUGGUGUUCGCCAACUACGGCGCCAGGUGGAAGCUGAUGCGGAAGCUGGCGAGCGUCCACCUGCUCGGCGCCCGCGCGCUCGCCGACUGGGCGGCGGUGCGCCGCGACGAGGCCCGCCGGCUGCUGCGCGGCGUGGCGGAGGCGUCCGCCGCCGGCCGCCCCGUCGUCAUCCCGGAGGUGCUCGUCUGCGCGCUCGCCAACAUCGUCGGCCAGAUCACCGUCAGCAAGCGGGUGUUCGACGUGCAGGGCGACGAGUCCAACAGCUAUAAGGAUAUGAUCGUCUCGCUGUUGACGGGUGCGGGGCUGUUCAACAUCAGCGACUUCGUGCCGGCGCUGGCGUGGCUGGACCUGCAGGGAGUCCAGGCCAAGUUGCGGCGGAUCCACGACCAGUUCGACGUCCUCAUCACCAAGCUGCUCGCCGACCACGCCGCCACCGCCGCCGACCGCGCCCGCGCCGGCCGCACCGACUUCGUCGACAGGCUCCGCGCCGCCGUCGGCGUCGACGACGAGGACGGCGAGACCAUCUCCGAGGUCAACAUCAAGGGCCUCAUCUUCGACAUGUUCACGGCCGGGACGGACACGUCGUCGAUCAUCGUGGAGUGGGCGAUGGCGGAGAUGAUGAAGAACCCGGCGGUGAUGGCGCGGGCGCAGGAGGAGAUGGACCGCGUCGUCGGCCGCGGCCGCCGCCUGGAGGAGUCCGACAUCGCCAGCCUCCCCUACCUCCAGGCCGUCUGCAAGGAGGCCAUGCGGCUCCACCCCUCCACGCCGCUCAGCCUCCCGCACUUCUCCUUCGACGAGUGCGACGUCGACGGCUACCGCAUCCCGGCGAACACGCGGCUGCUCAUCAACAUCUACGCCAUCGGCCGCGACCCGUCGGCGUGGGAGGACCCGCUGGAGUUCAGGCCGGAGCGGUUCAUGCCGGGGGGCGCCGCCGAGCGCGUGGACCCGCUCGGCAACUACUUCGAGCUCAUCCCCUUCGGCGCCGGCAGGAGGAUCUGCGCCGGGAAGCUCGCCGGCAUGGUGUUCGUCCAGUACUUCCUCGGCACGCUGCUGCACUCGUUCGACUGGCGGCUCCCCGACGGCGAGGACAAGGUGGACAUGUCGGAGACGUUCGGCCUCGCGCUGCCCAAGGCCGUCCCGCUCCGCGCCCUCGUCACGCCGCGCCUCGCGCCGGCCGCCUACGCGUGACGGCCGGCCGGCGACGACGAGGACGACGCCGUGUAUGUGAUCGAUCGAGUUCGCCGCGGCGGCGGCGGCGGCGGCGAUCUGAUGUUGCGGUUGUCUGUACGUAAAUAUAUUUUUCGUUUGUUGGUUUCGAAAGCAAAACACAAUUAAGAACGCCCAAAUAUUGCAAGCAAAUACGCCUGUGAAUUGAUUUCUUCUA